AUGGAAUUGACUGGAAGUAAUGAAGAAAGUGGCAAAAAUAAAAUAAAAAUUUUAUUGGAAGUUAAUGCAAAAAACGAGAAAAAUGAUUUUUUUAUAAUUAAUGCUGGAUGGAACUGCAUGUAUACUAACAAGUUUCCCACAAAUAUAGUUAAAAUUAAUAAUGCUAAUAAAAACGGGAACAAAUUAAUACAAAUGGAAAAUAUCUCAAUCUAUUACAGAGAUGGUAUAAGUAUUUGUUCAUCAGUGCGUGACAAAUACCCUAUGGUGCGUUACUAA